CAUAAACACAAGCACUUUAAUCGCCCAGGAUGUCCUCUACACCCUCGCCCUCUGGUCCUUCUAGCUUCCGCUCCCGUCGUCCUGCUCCUCUCGAAGCAGAGCGUCUCGCCGGAGAUGAGCCAUAUGGAAACCGAGACGUUGAACCGACCCAAUCUUCAGGGAAUGACCUGCCGUCAACCGCUUUGUCGGCGGCAAGUGGUGCCUCUGCAACGAGCAGCGUAUUCUUCCCAGGAGGACUGCCCCUACCCGCGGUUAAGGGUGUGAUUACUGGCAUCGAGUCUCCGAGACAUGGUCGCGGAUCCCCUUCUAUAGGCAGUCGCAGAGAGAUCCCUGUAUCACCUCACAGUCCGACCACCAGCUCCACUCUAACUGUACGAGGUCAAUCCGUGACCGACAUGGAAACGCCGCAAAGACCUCAACCGUCUGCUCCUGUAAUCCCCUUCCGGGGCGAUCCGACGGUCAAGAGCACUUUGGCGGGUCUGAAGAUGGACGGGAAGGAUGAGAUUUGUCGGUUGUUUGGAGUCGCGUAGGUGCUGCAAAACUGGUCAUCAGAGUCCUUGCCUAUCAAAUUUGCCGUUGGGACUAUUGCCCCUCGCGGAGAGAGCACCCAAUGUAAGCCGGAGGGUGCCGUCCCAUCAGAGCAAACUGUAUUUCGUAGACCACGGUCGAGACGCCUUACAUGCAGUACCAGGAUAUCUACCAACAAUUAUAACCGCGUCUUCUUGCUCGACUGUGAGCGGCCUCUAGGUUGAGCUAACCUGACGCCCCACAGCGCCCUUUCUUGCUUGCUCGUUCAAAUCACUUCACACCCUGCGAUAAACCCGUGUCAUACAUUCACGUUGGACUCUCUUACACUCACACGUCCAUGAGUCGGACAAUAUGCAUAUGCUUUUUGA